AUGAAACAUCUGGACUUCAUCUAUUCUGAAACAGGGAUUCCUGCACAUCUCCAAAUCAACACUACGUACAUUUCUCUGAACCAUUGGUAUGAUCGAUUCGAGAAAUCAGUGUACCUUCUUUUGGACUUGUUCCUCAAUCUCUUGUUCAUCCACAAAGUGAAGACACGGCUUAUCCAGCAUGGCCUAAAGAAGUACGAUAAAGUCAUGAGCUCCAAUCAAUAUAUAAUUAUCAUAUUUGUCGGCAUGGACGUCCUACUUUUGGGCGUCACCGCUCUCGGGAAUCAAUUCGUAUACUGUCAGGUGAGGUUCGAUGACACGGAGUCCAAUUGCCGGACUGAACCGGACCGUUAUACUUAGUUCCAACUUCCACCCGGUGGUAUACAUUGUCAAGCUACAAAUUGAGAUGACUCAAUGUCUCGACUGCUCAUCAAAGUCGCUCGUUCUACCGGUAUCAAUGUUUACAACGAAGAAAGAGGUGAUGUAACGUCAGAAAGCAUCAGUGAGGGCAAGCCUAUGGGCGCUGGAGUGUGCGUAUAUUAUCUUCCUCACGGUGAGUAUCUGAAUUUGAUCCGUUCAUUGACUUCCAGUGGUGUCCAAAUCACCACCCAAAUCUAUACACAUGCCGAGCAUCCCGAUGAAUACGAAAUGGAACACCGUAAAGUGCAAGAGGCGACGUCAACGCUUCAGGAGAGUGACACAGUAGCUCCAAGUUGUAGACAAGGUGGCUAAAUUUCGAUAAAAUGCGGC